AUGGAUGAUCAUUGUUCAACGCUGGGAACCGAUCAUCUCAUCAAGCUUCCCGUCACAAAUCCCUUCUGGAUCUCGCUUAGAGGGAUACCUCUCCAUUACUGGCAUGAAAAGGUGGUACGCAACAUUGGACUCGAAUUGGGUGAACUCGAAACCUAUGAGGUAACGAAAACUUCAACUCGAGUUAGGGUCAUGGUGGACGGCUCAAAGCCAUUAAUAAUGGAAGCAGCCAUGGAAUUCGAUUCAGGCGAAGAAAGCAUUAUCUCUCUACACUAUGAAAAUUUGGGUAAUCAUUGCUCUAUAUGCUACCGACUCUCCCACUUACAGUCCCACUGUCCGGAGAGACCCAUCCUCAUAGCUACACGCCAGACUGAUACCAAGGCGGUGGGACAACCUAUUCGGCAGACAACUCCUAUCUCCUCUCACUCUGUUCCUUGGAACCCAACAACAACUACUGAGGGUGACAACAGACCUUACCAACAACGUCUGGAUCGACAUGGGAAGCCGUUUGGAGACAGAUUCUCAACGGCAUUGUUCCGUCCAACUGGGCCGAAAAACAAAAUCGCUCCGAGGCUGCCACAUGACUAUGAUCGCAGCAAGGAAAAUCUUAGAGAAAAUGAUGAGAAGGAAUACUCAUCUCCACCUUAUACAAGACGCAGACUCAACAAUCACGGUGAGGCCCAGAGGCGGGAAAACCAUAGUACAAGACACCGUGGCUCCCCAACUCUGCAAUGGCGAGCAAAAUCACCGCUGAUCAACCCAACCGACAAAGGACAGGGAAGCGAAACCCACAAUGAAGGGAACAGUAGGGCUCCUAAGCAAUGGAGAGCAAGAUCACCAUUACUUGCUCAAGAAGCUACUCCUCCAAGCGCUCUGUUCCAACCCCCUAGAUCCUCAGUUGGACGAAAUCUGAAUGUGAUGGACUUUCCCCCGGAUCCUACAAUCCCUUAUAGGGAAGAGGUGAUGGAGGAACUACGAGAGGUCACUCUCCAAUACAUAAAAUGUGCGGAUCCGGUGGAAAGUGCAACAAGAAAACAACGGGUGCUCCUAAGUGAGCUGGAUGGUACAGUGGAUGAAACAGCAACAAAAAUCAUCCAAGCCUCGACAUCUGCUGCUAUGAUACAACAAGAAAGAUACUUGGAGCCCACAAUCCAGCUACCACCACCUCGAGAGACCGAACCUGCAGCAUCUGGACCAACUGCCAACCCCGCGAGAAAACGUAGAAGACCACGUAGGACUACGGACAGAAGGACCACAGUCAAACAUAGCCCAAAGACCUUUCUGGGUACGGGUUCACGAAAGUGA